AUGUACGACCGACUCAUUUCCAGAUUCCUAAACUUAGGGAACGGCAGGGGAUACCCGACAACGGAUGAGGGCGCCAAAGAAUAUUGUGCUAACCAGACGAAUCAUUUAUCGGAGGAUGAAGGUAAAGCUGCCUAUAAAUAUUACGACUCGUUAGGCCCGAGGUUUGCCCAUAUGUUUAGCACACUGAAAAGACCCGAUGCUUACGAUACACUGAGAUGGUAUUGCAACUCAAAGAACCUGGGUGGCGAAUUGGGAAAGCUAUUGAACGAAAAAGCGAGCGAGGCCAAACAGGUGAGGGACACCGCUAUUGUCACUUUAGAGAGUUUGGACACAAGUCGCACGACUAUGGCUGAUGUUGUCUGUGUCAUUGGUUUAUACGCGACUAAAGUAGAGGCCAUAUUUGACAGCACUCAGGCGCGCGAUGAUGUCCGCAAAGUUACCACUUUUUACCGAGAAGUGGCCAAUCUUACCGCAACUGAGAGCAAAACCACCGACAGUGGAAAGUGUGAGUUUAUCGCCGCCCCCACAGACAAAGUCACCUUAUCCACUAUGACCAAGUCCACAUUUAAACAGAUGACUUUUGAUCACAUUUAUGUGGAUUAA